GGCAGAACUUAUUACAAGACUCUACGAAUGUGUUCUCUCGUAUAUUUAUUACUUCCCGUAAUUAUCGUAUAUUCUUUGAGUCUGAAAUAUUUAAAAAUAUAAAACGCAAAGUUCGCGUUUCACCUCCAUCGGUUGUAAGAGAAAUCGAUAAGACGAUUUUGAACUUUGAAGUUAUUUUGCUAUAAAACUGAAUCGACGUGUGGUAUCCUUCUGUAAAAGAGCGGAUCAGGAAGACUUAUUCCUCGGCAACUUUAAUAUAACGAUACGUUUCGAAAGGAAACAUGUUAGAAAUAACGUGUAACGACCGUCUUGGGAAAAAAGUCAGAGUUAAAUGUAAUCCAGACGACACGAUAGGCGAUUUAAAAAAAUUGAUAGCUGCUCAAACAGGGACACAUUGGGAAAAGAUUGUUUUAAAGAAGUGGUAUACCAUUUUUAAGGAUCACAUAAAGCUACAAGAUUAUGAAAUUCACGAUGGCAUGAAUUUAGAACUUUACUAUCAAUAAUUAAUAAAUAAUUCGUGUUAGAUAUAAAUACAAUAAUAACAGUAAUUAUAAAUUUUUAUAUUUAAAUAUUUCAUGAUUUUGUAUCUUACAUAUUAUUAAAUUGUACAAUGUAUAUAGUAACUAUAUAAUAAAUAAACAUAGAUAGCAACAGCAAAAAUAAUAUCAUCUUGAUUGUUGCUGUUAAUAGAUUUAUAAAGCUUUAUAAAACUUGC